CGUGUCGAUUUUUUAAGUGUACAAAAUUUGAUAAGCAUAGAUUUUUCAGCAAAUGAAUACCAAAAUUUUAAAAGUGUAGCACACUCGAUAAAACAUUAACUUAUGAAAAAUUGUAUAUUAUUUUUUGCAGUGCGGGAGCUGUUACAUUUGUUUGCGUGUUCACGCAUUUUUAACAGAAUUGAACUCGCUUUGCACGCAACAAAAUAAUUUGAUGCAAUAAAAGGGCUGCAAUUGCAAUUUGUCAAAUAAUCAGAAUAUGCGUGGAUUUGCAUUUGCGCGAGUAAUUAAAUCAAAGUAUAUUUGUUAAGCGUGAAAUUCAGGCGUCUGGUGGGACACCUUUUUCGGAAAGCAGUUGCCCUAGUGAACGUAGUCAGUAUGAGUGCUGCGGGCACAAAAAUACACUCAUUUACCAAUAUGAUAGAUUCCGAAACACCUACUGCACAACCACCCGCCACAACAACCAAGUCGGCGAUGUUGGUGCAACUGACCACCGACGGUGUACCCAAGCUGCACUGCCCCGUUUGUGAUAAAGCACUAGUAUCGCUAAGCGGAUACGUGAAACAUGUAAAAAAGCAUGAGCCCCCUGGUGGAUUUCUCUGUCGCUAUUGUGAUGCACGGUUCUGCUCCGAGGACGAAUUGAAAAAGCACCGCGAUAAGGUGCAUACAACAAUUAUGUGCCGACUCUGUGCAGGAGUAACAUUCACCAACGAAAGUGACUAUCGCGAGCACAUCCGCACUGUACAUAAUGGCGUCGAUAGGCAAAUGUUGAAGUGCGAUAAAUGUGGAGCCGAAUAUAAGACCAUCUAUCCAUUCAAGCGUCAUAUGGAGACGGAAUGUGGCACAAUCAAGCCGUACAAGUGUGAUCAGUGUCCAAUGAGUUUUGUGACUAAAUACAAUUUGAAACAGCACAAGGAGUUGCAUACUGGAGAGCGAAAAUUCUGCUGCAGCUAUUGUGGAAAAAACUUCCUGCAAAAAGGGCGGCUAGUUGAACAUGAACGUUCGCACACGGGCGAGAAGCCACACAAAUGUGAUGUUUGCGGCAAGUGUUUUGCACAUCGCGAAAGUAUUGUUACUCAUUCCUCGAUUCACACGGGCGUCCGCCUAGUGGAAUGUAAAUGUUGCCUUACGCGUUUCUCGUGUCAUUCCAACCUGAUCAAGCAUAGACGGACACGUCCGGACACAUGUGGGCUACCCGAGUUCGAUCCUCCUAAGCAAAGAGUGCGUACGCAUCGUCUGAGAAUACCGCCCACUCUCAAUCCAACCUCGGAGAUAAAGGUUAGCAAUUCCAAUCGCAUAAUCAAACCAGACCACAAAGAGCAAGUGCGCAAAGCGCCAAUAAAGAGUCUAGGUGGUGAACCAAGACAAUCGAAGUUAACCGCACGCAAAAGCACUGCUGGCAGACCAGGUCAAAAGCCAGAGGUCAGUGCAAGCAAUCGCAAACGAAUGCUUUCUACUACAGACACUGAGGAGGACUACGAGCUAGGCAAGGACAUUUGGCAUGCUGGUGGGUGUGCGGAAAGUUACGAAAAACUUGCUGAAUGUGAAAGAGGGAAAGAAAAGGCAAUAGAUAUGAAAGUUACCAUAGAGCCUAGCGAAAUCACUACUAUUCCGCUGGCGAUAAGUUUAAGAAAUGGGUUAGAUAUUACAAAGUUAGAUGAGGAAUCCUCGGACGAGGAUUAUCCAGAUUUUGAUCCAGCUGAGAGCGAUAGCGAAGAUGAGCAUAAAGAUGUAGCGUUAUCCGUUAUGAAAAUGGCAAACAUAAAAGAAGAAGAAUGCACGCAUAAUGAGAACGAAACAGAGACGCUCGCAUUUGAUGAUGAUGAGCUUGAAUUUAUCGCUUCUCGCGAGUUUGUUGAUGCUGAGCUUGGCGUGAAAUCAGAGGAAGCAGGAAAUAUUUUUAAUGAAAAAGAUAAACUGCUCGACUGUUUGUUGAACGACAAUGUUAAUAGAAAUGUCGCGCGUCGUAGCAUGAAGCCGGAUCAUCAAGGGCUGCACGAGACCGAACUGAUAUUGAUUAAAGAUGAAAACAGAGUAAAUUAUGUAGAGGAGGAAGAUAUACUAGAUGUGCAUCAUCGUUCAACCUCCCCCUUUGCUGUGUGUAAAAUAAUGCUCCGAGACGUUUGCCAACGCUAUCCCUCUCUGAAGGAUGAAUCAAGUGUAAAAGUAUCGCGGAAUGCACUCUCUUUUCCGCGUCCCAUAAAAAGUCAACAGCCGCAAACACGUAACGAAAUCUCAAAUAACGCUGACACCCAAGAAUAUUUAAUGGAAUCACGAAAAGUGCACAAACGCAUUAAAAAACUUCAGCCUUCUGCUAUUGAUGAUGCGGUAAAGAAAACUAAACGUGGAAGGAAACCACGCAAGCUUGUUGAAAGUAAUAAAACAUCAAUUUCUCCCGUUGAAAAUGGAGAAAACGUUUAUAUUGAAGGUAAUGUUGACGAAAAUACGCUGCCAACAGAAGAGUCCAACUUAAGCAAGGAACCCCACGAAGAAGGAAAUAAGCCAGGUCGCAUGGCUAAAUUGUCACAGAAGGAAUUAAAAGCGCGCUUGAAGUUACUGAAACGCGCAGAAAAGCCGUGGCAAUGUCCGUAUUGCAUAAAAGUAUAUCACAUACGCAAACCGUUUGAAAAACAUUUGCGUGACGAUCAUCAAAGGCCUGAGGACGAGAUUAAGGAAACCUUCAAAUCAGAAGAGGGCGUCAUUGAUGAUGGUGAAGUCUUCAAGUGCCACAUUUGCUCAAAAAUUUAUUUGAUGGAAAAGCGUUUAACCGAUCAUAUUAAACUGCAUGGUCCCGAUGGCAGCUUAAUUUUCAAAUGUCCCUGCUAUUGUUCCAUAUUUUUCGCUACAAAAGAAGAAGCCACUGCACAUGCGCGCAAAGAACAUCGAGACUUGAUAUAUUGCACGAUUUGUGAAAAAUACAUGACUGGUCAUGAUUCACUCAAAAAUCACAUGAAAAAGCAUGAACAGGAGAAAGACAGUAAAUCGGCGGCGAAACGAAAUUUCGUUUGUGACAAAUGUGGUAAGAAGUUUUCAGGUCGCACCUCUCUGACCGAUCACGUGCGCUCUGAUUGCGGACGCCAGCCACUUUAUCAGUGCAACAUAUGUGGCAAGCAUUUAACCACAGCGGGUAUAUUAAAAACCCAUCUGCUGCUACAUAAAGAUGAUACGCCCUAUCAGUGCGACAAAUGCGGCAAAACAUUCAAAGUGAAAGCCCAAUACAAGACGCAUAUAAAAACGCGACACACCGAUUUCAAACCAUUCCAGUGCCAUCUUUGUCCCCGAGCAUAUCCUUACCGCGAGUCUCUUCUCACGCAUAUGACUGUGCACACGGGCAUCAAACGUUUCCUAUGCAAUGGCUGUGGCAAGCGUUUCACCUGUGUUUCUAACUUGCAAGCGCAUCGUAAAGUGCAUUCGGAAACGUGUGGCCAACUGCCACUCAACGCGAAAGCGACGCAGUAUAUGGGCGUACAAAAGGGUAACCUUUUGUUAGGCGCAAAACCAGAAGCCGGUGUUGAUUAUAAGGAAACCAACACGCUCAUAGCCAAGGAAGUGAUUGAUCGUGAUCGGCCGAUGGCCCAGGAAAUUAACUACCCCUCAGAACCGUCAGCGCCUCUAGCCACUGUGCCACUCAACUACACUCGAACACCGACGCCACAUUUACUACUUCCCCAAGUAGUAAACCAGUUCAUAGAUGGUGGUCUACGACUGCAGCGUAUAAUACGAUUUUUCAAAAAAAUGUCGGUGGAAGUAACAAAAGUUGAGGCGGUAGUGGAUGCGGAGGAGGGCGUUGAAAAUUCAGCAAUCGAGCAGCCAGAAAGUCUCAAUAAUGGCGAAGAGGUCAAAAAACAAAAGAAGCCCAAGCCAAAUAAUAAAAAGUUACGGCAAGCUGAAGCCGCAGCGAAGAAGGCAACCGAAGGAGCUGAUGACACCGAGACAGUAAAUGUUAUUACUAACGGUGAAUCUAACAGCGCUGAUGUUACAGCUGCUAACAAUGCUGAUGGUGACAAAAAAUCCGCUUCUAAGAAAAAGAAUAAAAACAAAAAUAAAGGUGGUAAUAAGAAAGGUCAGACGGAUCCACCCAGCAUACCUAUUGCUGAGCUCUUUCCCGAUGGACAAUUUCCGGAGGGUGAAAUUUUACAACACCCAACACCCAAAGAUCUUCCCGAUGAUCGCACUGCCAAAGACCGCUUUACAUCGGAAGAGAAACGCGCUUUGGAUCGUAUGCAUAUGGAUAUAUAUCAGGAAUUGCGUCAGGCUGCUGAAGCACACAGGCAAACUAGGCAGUAUAUGCAGAAUUACAUAAAACCCGGCAUGACCAUGAUACAGAUUUGCGAGGAAUUGGAAAACACAGCACGUCGUUUGAUUGGCGAGAAUGGUCUUGAUGCCGGUUUGGCUUUUCCUACAGGCUGUUCCUUGAAUCACUGUGCCGCACAUUAUACACCAAAUGCUGGAGAUACGACUGUGUUGCAGUACGAUGACGUUUGUAAAAUUGAUUUUGGCACACACAUCAAAGGGCGCAUCAUCGAUUGCGCCUUCACAUUGACUUUUAACAAUAAGUACGAUAAGCUUGUGCAAGCGGUCAAAGAUGCCACCAAUACAGGUAUUAAAGAGGCUGGUAUUGAUGUGCGUCUAUGCGAUGUUGGCGCCGCCAUACAGGAAGUUAUGGAAUCGUAUGAAUUGGAAUUGGAUGGUAAAACAUACCCAAUAAAGUCGAUACGGAAUUUGAAUGGACAUUCCAUAAGUCCAUAUCGAAUCCAUGCGGGCAAGACUGUGCCUAUUGUGAAAGGUGGGGAAUCAACACGUAUGGAGGAGAAUGAGUUUUAUGCCAUUGAGACUUUUGGUUCUACCGGUCGUGGUCUCGUGCAUGACGACAUGGACUGUUCCCAUUAUAUGAAGAAUUUCGAUGCACCAUUUGUGCCAUUGCGUUUGCAAUCGUCCAAGCAGCUGCUCGGCACUAUUAACAAGCAUUUCGGUACGUUGGCGUUCUGUAAACGUUGGUUGGAUCGCGCAGGCGCCACCAAAUAUCAAAUGGCUCUGAAGGAUCUUUGUGACAAGGGUGUUGUUGAAGCUUACCCGCCACUAUGCGACAUCAAAGGCUGCUACACAGCCCAAUUCGAGCAUACAAUUAUGUUGCGCCCCACUUGCAAAGAGGUUGUAUCCCGAGGCGAUGAUUAUUAGUACGGGCGAACAAGAAGAUGACAAAAGAAGUUAUGCAUCAACAAAGUCGAAAGUCGGAUUCAUAAAAGAAGUUCAGAAGAUGCAUAGAAGCUUAUUAUACAUAUACGCAAAUGCUAUAUCAUUAAGUGGCAGAGCUUAAUUUGUUUUCAUAAUUUAAUUGAAUCUAGUUGCAAACGAAAUAUUACUACUCUUCGAAACAUAACAAUAAUUUUCAGGCGAAUCUAUACUGUUAUAUACAAGGUGAUACAAGUAGGAUAAAAAUUAAAUUUAUAUGAAUUUGGCUUUGGCAAUUUGGUGGUUUGAAUUGAUAAUUGAAAAUUGAAAAUUCCAACAGAAUGUAAACAAACAAAUAAAACAACAAUAAUAAACCAGAUCCCUUUGACAUGGAUUCGCCUAGAAAAAAUUCAAGUAAUUUCCUUAAUCGUAAAUGACACUUGAAGUGCAGUAAGUGCGAAUUGGCGUAUUAAAUUAAUGGCUAUUAAAAAAUGCCUAGAUAACAAAAUUGUUUAAAUUUAUUGUAAGAAAAAUUCAUUAAGUAUACAUUUGCGUAUCAGUACAUUAAUUGCAUGAAAUAACUGGUAAUUUCGAUUUAAAAAAUGUUUAUAUCUGCUUCUUAGGAAUCGGUUUUAUAAUAAUAAAAUACUGAAUUUAA